AAUUCGAGACAAUGGGUGGAUAUUUGAUUAAUAUAGUCAGUUUCCUCGUCGUUAAUAAAACCAAUUAUUUUUCGUUUUAUUUAUUUAUUUGACCUAGAUUUGUUUCAUCUCUCAGUUUGUCACCUAAGGAGAUAAUUUGCUGGAUUGUAAUCCCGGUGUGUGCGCGUUAAUCCGUUCACACUGGUCCAGCUCAGGAGUUGGAGGGAGUCCAACGGGAGGAGUGUCUGUAAUCUCGCCGCCGGGGCCAUAGAGUUAAAUGCGUUGAGGUUCCGGGUAAAUGAGUAACAAACUGAACAAAUGAAGGCAGCGCUCAGAGUCUGAAGAUUUACUAAAACUUUGAGCUGGCAGUGAAGUAUGCGGGGCAAACUCAGGCGGAAACACAACACAGGUCUGCCGGUUUGAAGGGGCGCGAGACCCCGAGCAAACUUUGCUCAUCCUGAAGAAGAUGGCAGCAUGCGGAAGAAGGAGUCGAACAAAGUUACUUUUUUGCCUCCUUGGCGUCACUUUGUUGGGUUAUCUGAUAUUUUUCAGACACCCAUCCGGGGAAGUCAGCGCUGCAAACCGACGUGAAGUCCCCAGGGACGGAGAAGUAGAGACUGAAGGACUUAAUAGGCCAGUCUACGAGAAGCUCCCGCUGGAUUUAAAUGCCCUGGGUGAAAUGGGCAGAGCUGUGAAGCUUAAUCUGAACAAAGAGGAGAAAAAGAAAGAAGAGGAAAGCAUACAGAAGCACCAGAUUAACACGUAUGUCAGUGACAGGGUUUCACUGCACCGCAGGCUGCCGGAGAGAUGGAACCCACUUUGCAAAGAGCUCAAGUAUGACUACAAGUCUCUACCCACAACCUCUGUGGUGAUUGCUUUCUACAACGAGGCCUGGUCUACCCUGCUGAGGACUGUCCAUAGCGUGCUGGAGACUUCCCCUGACAUCCUGCUCAGGGAGGUGGUGCUGGUGGAUGACUACAGUGACAGAGAUCACCUGAAGGAGCCAUUGGAGAAGUACCUCUCAAGUUUGAGGAAGGUACGUCUGAUCCGAGCCACAAAGAGGGAGGGGCUGGUCCGGGCCCGGCUGCUAGGGGCGUCCAUCGCCACGGGUGAUGUGCUGACUUUUCUGGAUUGUCAUUGUGAGUGCCAUGACGGCUGGCUCGAGCCUCUGCUCAAGAGGAUCAAAGAGGAGCCGACAGCCGUGGUGUGCCCCGUCAUCGAUGUAAUCGACUGGAACACAUUCCAAUAUUUAGGCAACUCUGGUGAACCUCAGAUCGGUGGCUUUGACUGGCGGCUGGUUUUUACCUGGCACAAGGUCCCAGAAUAUGAACAGAAACGCCGUCACUCGCCCACAGAUGUCAUCAGAUCUCCUACUAUGGCAGGUGGUCUGUUUUCUGUGAGCAAGAGCUACUUCCAUUACCUGGGGACAUAUGACACAGGAAUGGAGGUCUGGGGAGGAGAAAACCUGGAGUUUUCUUUCAGAAUUUGGCAAUGCGGGGGCAGUCUGGAGAUCCACCCAUGCUCCCACGUGGGCCAUGUGUUCCCCAAAAAGGCCCCUUAUUCACGGAGCAAAGCGCUGUCAAACAGUGUGAGGGCGGCAGAGGUGUGGAUGGAUGAGUACAAGGAGCUCUACUACCACCGCAACCCCCACGCACGACGGGAGGCCUUUGGAGAUGUGACUGAGAGGAGAAAGCUGAGGGAGAAGCUGGGUUGUAAAAACUUUAAGUGGUAUCUGGAUAACAUUUACCCCGACCUUUACGUUCCACAUGAUCGACCAGGCAUGUUUGGAAUGCUGAAGAAUCGGGGAAAAACCAACUACUGUUUCGACUAUAACCCUGGUGAUGAGGUGAUGGAAGGCCAUAGAGUCAUCCUUUAUCCAUGUCAUGGCAUGGGCCAGAACCAGUUUUUCGAAUAUUCUGUGGAUGGGGAAAUCUGUUAUAAUACAAGAGAACCUGCUGGAUGUGUGGUGGGUGACAACAUCCGCACUUACCUGACUGUGCAGCUUUGCAAGAACCGAGGAGAACCUGUCCCCAUGGACCAGAAGUUUGUCCUCCGAAAGGAUGGGAGUCUGUUCCACGUCCAGAGCCGGAAGUGUGUUGAAGCAGUGGAUCAGACGGAUAAUGGGACACCAGCCCCGGCUCUGCAGCCCUGCUCUGACAUCUCACGCCAAAAGUGGUUCUUUGAGGAGAAACUGUAAAUCCUGAACAUACGUUGAAUAUCUCAGCACUUAUGGAUGCCUCUGAUCCCCCUUCCUCAUCAGACGUUCUCGCAUUUCAUGUAGAGACAGUAAAGUUAAUACUUUCCAAAGCACUGUGUGCAAAAAUGGAUAUCAUGAAUUCUGAUUACCUGUCAAAGGGAAAACUUUGAGCUCAGUUAUCAUCUAAGCUACAGAUGGAGGGGGCUUUUGUUUUUAUUUUAAUGCCGUUGCAUUUCUUUUUUAAAAGAAAGAAACAGUUUAAGCUCCCUUUGAUUUUUGCGAACUGGGAUAAGGACACACAAGCAUGUGUUGAUCUGACAGAAAACAGAUAUUUAUGAAUCUGUCAAAAGAAUCUCUCCUGAACAGGUGGCUGGACUGAGAGAUUUUCCAAGAUCAUUUUGUUCUUGAUAUUUAAAUGUUCUCCUGUAGAGGGGGCUAACGCUCCUCUCCCCUCUAUGUUUGAUCCUGUCAGCAUCUCUCUGUCAUUUGACAGUGGAACUAAUAAUAUUCAGGACUUAUAAUGGGAUCUUUUUUAAAAAUG